CUGGCGGUUCGAGGUAGGGAUGCGCCGCGCGCCAGAGGGGGGCGGCCCCGGCACCAGCGGCCAGGAGCGCAGCGCUGGAUGUAUGUAAGAAUGGCUGCAUUAUUCCCUUCCUUGUUACUUUAUUUCUGGAUCUCAAAGUGGUUAUAAUCCUGAGGAAGAAGACCAAAUGUCUUAAUAAAUUAUGGCAAACAAUCCACUGAUAUAACAUCAUCAUUCUGGAAAAACAAAAAUUUGUUUUAAAAAAAUUGGAUGUAGAAAUCCUCUAAUAAAAGGAGACAUUUAAAGUUUUCAAGGCUUUCAGCAAUCCAGGUCUUACAAAAUGAACCGUUACACAACCAUGAAACAACUUGGCGACGGCACCUAUGGCAGUGUACUCAUGGGAAAGAGCAAUGAGUCAGGCGAGCUUGUGGCUAUCAAAAGGAUGAAAAGAAAGUUCUAUUCUUGGGAUGAAUGUAUGAAUUUGAGAGAAGUCAAGUCUCUUAAGAAGCUGAAUCACGCUAAUGUGAUAAAACUGAAAGAAGUUAUCAGAGAAAAUGACCAUCUUUAUUUUGUGUUUGAGUAUAUGAAGGAAAAUCUCUAUCAGUUAAUGAAGGACAGAAACAAGUUGUUCCCCGAGUCAGUCAUCAGAAACAUUAUGUAUCAGAUAUUACAAGGGUUAGCUUUUAUCCAUAAGCACGGUUUUUUCCAUCGGGAUAUGAAGCCUGAAAACCUUCUCUGUAUGGGUCCAGAGCUUGUGAAAAUAGCUGAUUUUGGAUUGGCUAGAGAACUAAGAUCUCAACCACCAUACACAGAUUAUGUUUCUACCAGAUGGUACCGUGCGCCUGAAGUUUUGUUGAGAUCUUCUGUUUAUAGCUCUCCUAUUGAUAUAUGGGCUGUUGGUAGCAUAAUGGCUGAACUGUACACGCUGAGACCUCUUUUCCCAGGGACAAGCGAAGUAGAUGAAAUCUUCAAAAUUUGCCAAGUAUUAGGGACUCCAAAGAAGAGUGACUGGCCAGAAGGGUACCAGCUUGCGUCUGCCAUGAAUUUCCGCUUCCCACAAUGUAUCUCUAUGCACCUCAAAACUCUCAUUCCAAAUGCCAGCAAUGAGGCAAUACAGCUUAUGACUGAUAUGCUAAACUGGGAUCCAAAGAAACGACCUACAGCAAGUCAGGCUUUGAAAUACCCUUAUUUUCAAGUUGGCCAAGUUUUAGGACCUCCUCCACAAUAUUUGGAACAGAAACAAUCUGUUGUUAAACCUGUUCAGCCAACAGAGCCAAAGCCAAAUCUACCGAAAUUAGAAUCUGUAUCAAAACUAGAAUCUGUAUCCAAGCCAGAAUCUCAGUCUUCACCUGAUGCACUUCACGAGACUCAGCCACAACUUCCGUCAAAGAUUUACCACCAACCUCUCCAGCAAAUCCAGCUGUCACAGAGUACAACUAACCAACAACUACCCCAACAGCAGCAGCCACAACCACUUCUUCCAGCCAUCAAUAAAAAUUCAUCACCAAAGCAAGCAAUCACAGGCCUUCAAAAUGGUGCAGUUGGUCUUAAAAAUUGCAGGAGACGAUGGGGUCAGACUCUGUUAAAGACUAUGGACAGUUGGGAUGACUUGGAGGACACAGAAUUUGGAAUUUCGUAUUCCAAGAAGCCCAGCAUUUCACAGUUAAAGGAAAAGAAAACAAAAGAGUUUUUGUUUAGCAUGCCAGAGCCAAAGGCCUUGGGCUAUAUCCAAUCAGGAGGGGAAAGCAAAGCUCUGAUGCGAAAUGACUCUGGAAUAUCAAAUACAUCAGCAAAACAAUACUACCUGAGACAAUCAAGAUAUCUUCCUGGUGUAAACCCCAAGAAUGUCUCCUUAGUAGCAGCCAGUAAAGAAGGCUCUCAAGGAAUCUGGAACAAUUCAUUGUUUUCUAAACCACUAGGGCCUACUGGAGGAGGUCUGUCUUUGAACAGAACCAAUGCAGAAGAAAACAUAAUUAAACCAAUUGAAAAACUGUCAUGCAAAGAAAGGUUGAAUGAAAAAUUAGAGGAGCCAAAAGGUGCGGCUUACAACCCAUCUGGAGGAUAUAUCCCUUCCUUUCAUAAAAAAGAAGUUGGAUCAGCUGGACAAAGGAUACAACUAGCUCCUCUUGGUGCAUCGGCAUCAGAUUAUUCUUGGAAAACCAAAGCUGCUCGUGCUCAAUUACCAGGCCCUACUUACAAUCCAGCUGCAAAAAACAUGAAUAUCCUGACCCGCCCACCUCCAGUUCAACCAGUCCAUGGAAGAACAGACUGGGUGGCCAAAUAUGGAGGACAUCGAUAGAAGCCCUGUCUCAUGGUGCACUUUUCAUGCAAGUUACAUUUGCAGUGUAGGAUGACAAUCUAAAAUGCAUAUUUCCCUUAAUUUCUCUAAAGACUAUGCAACAGUAGAAAGACUGGAGAUCUUGUAUUUUAUUACCUGCAGAAGAAAUAAAAUACAUUUUACAUAGCAAUAUUCAAAACACUGGCUAAAAGGGAGGAUUUUAUGAAGUAGUGUAUAAAGCAUCUUGCCAAAAUUGAGUAUUUGAACUACUAAUAGACAAAUUGUAAAUUUUAUUAGAAAACUUUCUGUAGACCCAACUGCUGCCUCGUGUACUCUUAAAAUUGCUUGACUUUAAAUUUGUCCUGUAGGAGUAAUCCUGCACUGGUGAUUUGUGAAGUAACAACCGGCUUCUGAACAGAUGCUGCUUCCUUGUGCAAGUUCCUUUCUCUGAAGUUGAACAGUGAAAGCACAAAUAGUGUUCUGAGGAGAAAGAUAUGCUGUGUUGCUAGCUAAACAAAGGUCCCAGAACUGAGCUAGAUGUGUUUGGUGUUUCCUUAGGGAUAGUCUCUGCACAAUUGUAUACAUUCGUGAGCACUUACUCCUACAAGCUGGUCAUGGAACUAUUUGUGUGUAAGUACUCACCAACAAGAGAAAGGGUUGCACUAUUUAGCCCUAAGUGGUCCACUGAUAGGAGUUUGGGAACACAACUUACCAAGUAGUGAAUGCUACAGUCAUGGGGACAAGGUACCCUAAGACUUUAAAAAAAA